CUGUUAUGCCCUCAUUCCCGUGUCCUACUUGCCUUCCCAAAGCCCCAUUUUCGUCAUUCCCACACAUCACCGUCGUCCCCAACUCCGUUUCGCCCCUUCUACGAACCCUCCCUAGCCCCCUCCACCGUAAACAUGGUAUAAGCAAAAUUAGGCUCUAGAGCUGUUGUUUCGUUUAAUUCGGUGCGUGCGAUCAUUAUUGCGCGUAUUUAUGCUGUGAAUCGGGUGGUGGUGGUGAGUGGCUAGGGAGUGGUGGUCUAAUGGCGGCUACGACGAUGGCGACGGCGGCGGGAGCGGUGGUUCUGAUGUACUAUGUGCUCAGUCGGAGGUUAUCGGCCAAAGAAGAGGAUGAGGUGGGCGGGGAGUACUCGAAAUCGCCUGGUUGUAGAUCUGUUAAACGGAGGCUGUCUCGGAGGCCAGCUCAGGCUCCGGCGACGUGGCUAGAGACGAUUUCGACGUUGGCGGAGACGCUUAGGUUUACUUAUUCGGAGACACUGGGGAAAUGGCCUAUCGGUGACUUGGCUUUCGGGAUUAAUUACCUCAUCCGAAGGCAGGGUAACUUGAGAGUUGCAAGUGUAUAUGCUGGUGAUAAUUGCUUGCAGUUGAAGGGUGCUGAUAUUAUUGCACAGUUGUAUGAGUAUUUGAGGUUGUUGACCCUUUGCUAUCUUUUCUCAAAGAAGCCAUUCCCUGUAUUUUUGGAGACUGCUGGCUACUGUCAAGAAGAUGUUCUUCUUCAGAAGCCUAAAGCGGGGCUCCUAAAGCCUGCCUUCACAAUUUUACGGGAUAAAAACUUAAAGUGCUUCCUUCUUCUAAUUCGAGGCACUCAUAGUAUCAAGGAUACAUUGACUGCUGCAACAGGGGCAGUUGUCCCUUUCCACCAUUCGGUUUUAAAUGAUGGUGGAAUUGGCAAUCUUGUUUUGGGAUAUGCACAUUGUGGGAUGGUUGCAGCUGCUCGGUGGAUUGCAAAACUUAGUAUUCCUUUCCUUCUCAAGGCACUUGAGGAAAACCCUGAUUAUGAAGUGAAGGUUGUCGGUCACUCUCUUGGAGGUGGCACUGCUGCACUACUUACCUAUAUCCUCCGAGAGCAGAAAGAUUUAUCUUCAAUCACUUGCGUUACCUUUGCACCGGCUGCCUGUAUGACAUGGGAAUUGGCGGAGUCUGGAAAGCACUUCAUUACAACAAUAAUCAAUGGUGCUGAUCUUGUGCCUACAUUCUCAACUGCUUCCAUAGAUGUCCUUCGCACAGAGGUCACAGCAUCAUCUUGGUUGAAUGAUCUUCGUGAUCAAGUUGAGCGUAAUAGAGUUUUAAAAGUCAUUUAUCGCUCUGCCACUGCACUCGGCCCAUCAAUAGCUGUGGCUAAAGCAAGAGUUGCUGGUGCAGGUGCACUUCUGCGGCCAGUCUCCAGCAGUACGCAGGUUGUGAUGAAGCGUGCACAGGAUGUAGCCCAGGCAGUGGUUAAGACUAGAUCUACGCUAUCAUCGUGGUCAUGUAUUGGUCCACGGCGGCGUGUUGUGUCUCAUUCCCCAAAAGUAGACGAUUUGCCCGAGGCUCCCCUCAUAACUCAGAGAACAUCUGAAUCUUUUGUGAGUGAAAUCGUGACCAGUGCCCCCGAGGCAAGCGAGGUUGAAUAUUGUUCUUCGAGCAGCGGGUCUGGACAGGAGGACACAGACGAAGAGGACGAUACCAAGCAGGUGGAGAAAGCCAUUGCUGCUUCCACUAUAGAAGCAGCUAUAACCGAAGGCGAGCUGUGGUAUGAACUCGAGAAGGAGCUCGAGAGGCAGGAGCAAGAGGCCGAUGUCCACGGCCAGGAAGAAGCAGCUGCAGCUAUAGAAAUCGCGGAAGAGGAGAAAGUACUGGUCGACGCAGUAGAAAUCCACACACCAAUCUCAUCCGCAGAUGUUUCUGACAACCUCCAAUUCUACCCUCCUGGCCGGAUAAUGCACAUGGUCUCGAUACCUUCAUCGGACGCAAGCGAUUCAGGCUCAGGCAGUCACGAUGCUUCAACCGACGAAGAGCGUGUUGGCAUCUACGAGACACCCCGAGAACUAUACAGUAAACUCCGUCUGUCGAAGACAAUGAUAAACGACCAUUAUAUGCCAAUGUACAAGAAAAUGAUGGAAUUGUUGAUUAGGGAAUUAGAAAACGAAGAAGACAUGUUGUGAUGUAUCUGUUAAUGUCUAAUGAUAUGAAUGAUGAAUUGACACUUCACAUAUUUGUAGAAUGGAUAAUAGGGCAUCAUUCCUUCCUA